CAUCGCCAUUUUUCACCACCACCCGCUACAGACAGAUCCUGCAAUGAGAACCGCCAUAGCUUUCUGCUCUCCCUCCACCUCCUCUCUUCUUCCCCCCGCUAUAUAUCCCCUCACUUGCCUCCUCCCCCUCCCUCCUAAACCGCCGAUCUCCUCCCAGCCGUUCUCCAAGAAGCGAUUGGUAAUUCGCGGUUACUUCAACUCCGAGAAAGCCGAAGAAGAUCCGAUGGUGAUCUCAUCUUCUGCUAGGGUUUCGGAGAGGAACCUGGUGGUAAGAGGCCGCACCAUCCUGUCCUCCGUGCCGGGAAAUGUGAUUUUAAGCUCUGUUGUUAGUUCCGGUCCCGUCCAAGGCUUCUUUCUUGGAGCCCAAGUCUCUGAUCUCAGCUCCCGCCAUGUCGUCUCUCUCGGAAUCCUCAGGGAAGCGAGAUUCAUGGCGUGUUUCCGCUUCAAGCUAUGGUGGAUGGCGCAGAAGAUGGGAAAUAGGGGAGCAGAAAUUCCCUUCGAAACCCAAUUCCUGCUUGUGGAGAGCAAGCCGGAGAACCAAGACACGGAAACACUGUACUCCGUCUUCCUUCCCAUCCUCGAAGGCUCCUUCCGAGCUUCCCUUCAAGGAAACUCUAACGAUUGCUUGGACGUAUGCAUCGAAAGUGGCGAUGCUGAUAUCCGCUCCGCCGCCUUCUCCCACGUUGUCUUUGUUGGCACAGCCGCCUCGGACCCCUUCGCCGCCAUUACCGGGGCCGUCCGCGCCGUUAAAUCCCAUCUCCAAACCUUCCGCCUUCGUGAGGAAAAGCAGAUUCCGGCGAUCGUCGAUUUCUUCGGAUGGUGCACUUGGGACGCCUUCUACCAGGAUGUCACUCAAUCUGGCGUGGAGGCCGGCCUUCAAAGUCUCAUCUCCGGCGGCGCGCCGCCAAAAUUCGUCAUCAUUGACGACGGCUGGCAAUCGGUUGAAUCAGAUACAGCCUCGCCGAAGCAAAACUCGUUGCCCCGCCUGAUCGGGAUUAAAGAGAAUGGCAAGUUCCAGAGUAUGAAAUCCAUGGUUUCCACGGCGAAGGAGAAGUAUGGGCUGAAAUUCGUUUAUGUAUGGCACGCAAUCACCGGAUAUUGGGGCGGAGUUCAGCCGGGGUCGGAAGAAAUGGCGGAGUUUGAAUCAACUAUACAGUACCCGAACAUCUCACCCGGAGUUGCAGAGAACGAGCCAUGGAUGAAAACGGAUAUACUCACCCUGCAAGGCCUCGGGCUAAUAAACCCCAAGAGCGUUCAUAAGUUCUACAACGAGCUACACAGCUACCUCGCCACCGUCGGCAUCGAUGGUGUCAAGGUGGAUGUGCAGUCCAUCCUGGAAACGCUUGGCACCGGACAUGGUGGUCGUGUGCAGCUUGCGAGACAGUACCACGAUGCGCUCGACGCAUCGGUUGCGAAGAAUUUUCCUGAUAAUGGAUGCAUUGCCUGCAUGUGCCAUCACACGGACGCUCUCUACUGUGCGAAGCAAACAGCUGUGGUGAGAGCUUCGGAUGAUUUCUAUCCGAGGGAUUCGAUGUCGCAUACAAUUCACAUUGCGUCUGUGGCAUUUAAUAACGUUUUCUUAGGGGAGUUCAUGGUUCCCGACUGGGACAUGUUCCACUCCCUUCAUCCGGCCGGCGAGUACCACGCAUCGGCUCGUGCUAUCAGUGGCGGCCCAGUUUAUGUUAGUGAUGCCCCUGGGAAGCACAACUUUGAGCUGCUGAGGAAAUUGGUGCUGCCUGAUGGAUCCAUCCUCCGGGCACAGCUGCCCGGCCGCCCCACCGUGGACUGCCUCUUUACAGACCCAGCUCGUGACGGAGUAAGCCUGCUGAAGAUCUGGAACAUGAACAAAUUCACUGGUGUGCUUGGAGUCUUCAACUGCCAAGGCGCCGCCUGGUGCUCUACUGCGAAGAAGAAUAUAUUCCACUCCACAAACUCGGCGGCGGCAUUAACUUCCGACAUCAGGGUGAGUGAUGUCCAUCUCAUUUCAGAAGCUGCUACCGAGACGAACUGGAAUGGCGAUUGCGCAGUCUACCGUCUUAGUAAGGGAGAGCUCAUUAUACUUCCAUGGAAUGCGGUGAUGCCCAUCACGCUGAAUGUUCUCGAGCAUGAAAUCUUCACCAUCUCGCCCAUAAGGGUUUUGGCGCCCGGAUUCAGGUUUGCUCCUCUAGGCCUGUUGGACAUGUUCAAUACUGGUGGUGCAAUUGAUGGGCUAAAAUAUGAGGUUGCCAAGUUGUUGGAGCUGGAUUCCAGCUUUAUAUGUCAGCCAAAUGAGGCUCCUACGCUGCAAGCUGAGAGCAGAAACUAUGAUAUAGGGAGGGUUUGCAUGGAAGUGAAGGGCUGCGGAAGAAUGGGAGCUUACUCUUCAGCUGAACCAAAGAGAUGUUUGAUUGGGGCCGAAACCAUCAACUUUGCCUAUGACGCCUCGACCGGUCUCGUAACAUUGCAGUUACAGAGCAUGCCUGUAGGUGAUAAGAAUGUUCAUAGUGUGGUGGUUGAGUUCUAGAUAGCUGAAGUUGCUGAAGAUUUAUCUACAGACAAGCUUCUGUUCUGAAGGUGAUGAGAUGCUGAAGAUGCUUUUGUGUGCUUCAAAGCUUUGUUGACAUGCAAGCUUCUUCUCUUCUUCAGCAGUUGCUGUUGUAAGUAAUGCCAUGGGUGAACAGAUUUUUGCUUUGGUUGGGCUGACGAGCUUAUUAUGGCCUGUCAUUGAUGCUGCUGGAAUGCCGAGGAUGAAGGCAGUGUCACUGGGAGAUAAUACCAAAAGAAAAUUAUUGAAGUUGGUACCAUCGGUUAUGGCUCCUCCAUUAUUAAAAAGAGAGAUUAUUCCGUGCGGACACUGGACACAGCUUAUCGUUUAGAAGCGAAUCAGGUACAGUCAGGUCAUCUAAUCAGGUAUAGUCAGGUCAUCUAGUACUUAGCAAUACUGAGCCGCGGUACCGUGUAUGGGGGUGAUGUGGCGCAUUUUAAUUGGGCUUUGGAUGACGUUCGGCAUCCGUACAAAAUUAUUCAUCUAUUGAAAAGGUCUUCCGGGUAACGGAUUAUAGCACAAUCUUAAUCAAGAUAGAGAUAUGUUGUUUAUUCUUCCUUAUAAUGUCUGAUUAAGUUAAAUGAUGAAGUGUUUUGCGAGUCGAUUGUACAAAUGAUAUUUAUAUGCGUAAAUUAAGUGAUAGAAGACUGGCAGAGUUGAAGAAUAAGGUGUUUAUUAUCCCAAUUUAAAUUGAAUAUUUCAGUUCUUCGAGCUACUCGAGCUGAAUUUUUUUCCCA